UCAGAAGUGACGGAAGGAGUGAGUUGUAGGCGCUGUUAAGAUUAACAUUUGUUUCAAACGUAGGAAAUAAAAGCUUUAUUUUUAUUUUCUAACCGGACAGCUUCAAAGUAAGUGUCGCCGACGAAAGACUCAAAGCCGGUGGAGUGAGUGGAGACGGUUUUGGGAAGAUGUCUCACAUACUUGUACCGACGUAGGGGGAGUGUGCGGCGUUGUAGCUAGCUCAGUAAGUAAAGGAUUGCGGGGCCUCCUCAGCCUGAAGUAGCGCCCACAGCUGGGCGAGACACUUCGCAACCAGGCCGGUGAACAAGCGGACAUCCAGUGUAUCAGCAGGCCGACCCGGGCUGAGUAAGGACUCGGAUUUAUCGGUGAGAAAAGCCGCAGUGCUGCUGGACGAGACGACACGAAGUGUGGCGUCGCUCGGUGAGCUCAUGAAACGCAACAGGAGACCGAGAGAGGAAGAGGAUGGCGCAGAUUCAUCUUGACUACAGUUAAGUAGGAAGAGGAAAACCGAUGCGAGUGUGCUCUUUAUAAUGAUCUGAGCUUUUACAAAGCUUCAAAACAGCUCGUAUCUUUUUGUUUUGUUUAAAUAUUUUUGAUGGAGGAUAAACUUGGACUCCCGCCGCCCAACAUGUCCAAGAUGCCGGCUAAGAAAAAGAGCUGCUUUCAGAUUACAAGCGUGACUCAGGCCCAGGUGGCGGCUGUCGGGGCCGCGGACGACUCCGAGAGUCUGGACGACCCGGACGAGUCGCGAACUGAGGACGUCUCGUCGGAGAUAUACGACGUGUCGCGGGCCGAGUACGAGCCGGCGUGUGACAGGAGUUCUUCGGAGGAAGCGCUGAAUAACGUCGGAGAGGCAGAGGUCAGCGCUGUGGCGCCCUCAAACGCACCUCAAGCAAGUCAGUCAGGGCUGGUAUGCAAUCCAGUCGGGGAUGUAAGGAAAACUGGAGUGUCUGGUUCCAGUCAAGGUGGUCAGAACUCGCCCACUGGUUCACCUCUGACCACUCAGCCUCAUGUGUCUGUGAGCACAUCCGCUGCAGCGACCAGCCCCGCUCCUGCUGCCACCUCCACAGUGAGCUGCUCUUCACGCUUCAGGGUCAUCAAACUGGAUCACGGUACUGGAGAACCUUUUCGAAGAGGCCGAUGGACUUGUACAGAGUUUUAUGAGAAAGAGUCUGAUCCCUUGCUUGGCGGUAGGACUGUAGAUAGUAUAAGACACCCCAGUGUCACCCAGGACCCCACUGCUGAUCGAGACAGUGGGCUUGGACCUUCAGUGGGUUCUGUAGUUUCCCCAGUAACACACACAAGUCCAGUCUUUGGCUCUAUGGCAGAGGUGUCUCACGCUUCCUCUCGUCUACAUUCAGCAGAGACACUACCGCAGCAGCAGGUCCUGCAUCAGAGCUACACCGCCCAGCAACAUGGAGUCGGCGCUUCAGCCACGCACACUUCUUUUUCCAGUAUCAAGUCCACAGCAGCGCCAGCUCCAUCAACAGUGGGGGUUCUUCAGCCGCACCUUGCACAGAACGUGCUUCCUGUUGGUCAGAAUGGCCUUCCCCACUCAGAUGUCCAUCUACAGAAAUCUCCCAUCAUGCCUCCAUUAUACCCACCCCAGCAGCAGGUUCCUCUGGGUCACCACAUGACCAGCCAGUCAACAGGAAUGAUGCAGACGGAGUACUAUCAGCAACAACAGUCUACACCAGUGCCAGCAGCACUGUCUGGUGUCCAGUCCCUCCCAGUGUCCAGCCUCUCUGCAGGGACUGUUGGACAAGCCCCUGCUCCGGCGUUGUCCCUAGCUUCUGGAGUAGCUUCGGUGCCAAGUCAAGUUGGAGACGUUUCCGUAGCACCAUUGGUCUCUGUAUCUGCUGGACAACCAGCUCUUGCUGCCUUGCAGCAGCAAACUGUAGGCAUCCUGGUUGCUGGAUCAGGUGUGCCCCUGCAGACUGCUGGUCAGUUUCCUUCCACAGGACUACCCCUUCCUUCUGGUGUGCAAAACGUGCCUGCUAUGGCAGUGGGUGCUAGUGUGCCCACAGCUGUGCUCAGUGCCUCCAGUGCAGCAAUGCCAAACGUGUCAACCUUCAGUUUGCCUCCUAGUCAGAUGCCUCACAGCAUAACUCCUGUGACUCGGGGGGUGCAGGGCCUUCCAGUGAUUGGAUUUGGACAGGCGGAGGGUGCUGGUGGUGGGAGGAAGUCAGAGGGACUCAUCGAUGCACAGUCUCCAGGCUCUGGGAGGGAAAUGGUGAAGCCCUUCAUGCCCGACACCUUGAAUCUCAACACCCCGACUGUCAACAGCCUCUUUGGAAUCCACAUACCUGUAGAUGGGGACGAGGACAGUGCCUCUGGAGCCAACAUCGUUGCCAUUGAUAAUAAAAUUGAACAAGCAAUGGACCUGGUGAAAAGCCAUCUGAUGUAUGCAGUGCGUGAGGAGGUGGAGGUCUUAAAGGAGCAGAUCAAGGAGCUGUUUGAGAGGAACUCUGUCCUGGAGAGAGAGAACGCCGUGCUCAAGUCUCUGGCCAACAGCGAGCAGCUGUCUCAGCUGUCCUCCCAGGCGCCCACCGCUGCCCCCGCCGCCACGCCGUCGCAGCAAGGACUCAGCCCCCCUCAGCUCCAGCAGCAGCACCCCAAGCCCCAGCAGCUCCAGACUCCUCAGCCCCAGACUCAGCUGGACGCCGGACAGCAACCCAACGUCACCUCGGCUUGAAGUGCACCUGCCCUGCUGUGCACAGGACAGAAAACCAACAGGAGAGGAGCAUCUUGUACAACUUGUCAUAAUUGGUGUCUGUGAAAUUAAAAAGAAGAAAAAAACUUGUCCUUAGCCACCAGCUUGACCACAGAGUACAAUGUGUGUGUGUGUGUGUGUGUGUGCGUGUGCGUGUGUGUAAGAGUGAGGGAGACUGAGCAGUGUGUGUGUGCAUCUGUACCGUGGGCCUUUCCAGUGUUAAUGCAAUCAUAGAGAGUGACAGAGAACUUGGAGGAAGUGUGGAGGAGAGAAGGAGCUUCUGGGUGAGUUGGUGGGAGGAGUGGGGCGUUGGUUUGAUUUAUUUUUUUUGGUGAUGCCAUCUAUUCUAAACAACCCGAGCUGAACCAAGCUUCACAAUCUGACCUGAGACCUGCUGAAACGGGCUGCAGACAGUUCUGAGUGUAACGG